AUGGCUGAUCAUCACAACCACAAAAUACCCACAGAUAUCUACAGGACGUACAACGGUGUGCCAGAAGAUACACCAAAGGUCAAAGGUUAUGACUUUAACAAGGGAGUGGACCAUAGUGCACUGCUGCAGACAUACCUUAACAUGGGCCUUCAGGCCACCAGGGUGGGGCUGGCUAUCCAGCAGAUCAAUGCCAUGCUGGAGAAGAGACAAACACCGAUGACGGUGCAGAACGGAUAUGCUGAUGAAGACCCAACGUCCUGCCCCUGCUUACAGAGCUGCACCAUCUUCCUCAGCUACACGUCAAACCUCAUCAGCAGCGGCGUCAGAGAGAGCAUCCGCUAUGUGACUGAACACAGGAUGGUGGAUGUGAUAGCGACCUCAGCUGGCGGGAUAGAGGAGGACCUGAUUAAGUGUUUGGGUCCGGUUUAUGUUGGAGACUUCAACAUGCCAGGAAGAGAACUGUAUAAAAAAGGUCUAAACAGGAUUGGAAACACCCUGAUGCCAGAGGAAAACUACAUCAAAUUUCACAAAUGGAUGAUGCCGAUUUUGAAGCAGAUGCUGCUGGAGCAGAACACUCAGGGCAUUCGCUGGACUCCAUCGAAGGUGAUACAUCGCCUGGGCAAAGAGAUCAAUGAUCCUGAAUCUGUGUGUUACUGGGCCUACAAGAAUAACAUCCCGGUGUUCAGCCCGGCGCUGACAGAUGGCGCUAUAGGAGACAUGUUCUACCUCUUCUCGUCAGAGAACCCUGGACUGAUAGUAGACAUGGUUGAAGACGUUAAAAGGCUGAACAACCUCGCAGUGGCUGCCAACAGCACAGGGAUGAUCAUCCUGGGAGGAGGCGUGGCCAAACAUCACAUAUGCAACGCCAAUUUCUGGAGAACUGGAGCGGACUACGCCGUGUACAUAAACACGGCUCAGGAAUUCGACGGCUGUGACUCCGGAGGAAGCCCUGAUGAAGCCAAGUCCUGGGGAAAGAUCAGAUUGAGCGCACAACCAGUGAAGGUGUGUGCAGAUGCGUCCAUCAUUUUUCCCUUGCUGGUUGCGGAGACGUUUGCACGUCAUGUUAAUAAGACAGCGAAAUGAAAAUGGAGGAACAGAUUUCUAUUUAAACUGAAAUGUUCAGUCACUAUACGAU